AUGUCGAAACGAAUGACACCGGAAACAGUGAUUCGCAUUACUUGGCUCAGCGUAGUAAUAACAGUCUGUUGGCCACUUCCUAUGAGUAGCGGCAGGGGUCGAAUAUUUGGCUUUAAAAUUUUACAGAUCGUUAGCAUUAUCAGCAUUUUCAUGCUGCUCUUUCCCAUGAUAUAUUCGAUCUAUUUGCAUUUCGACGAAAUCAUCGUUUCUUCCCAGUGCGUUUGUCUGUCGAUAACUUUGACUCAGCUUAUUAUGCAAACUUUUAUAUGCUUCGUUAAUCACGAUUCGUUGCAGCGUGUAAUCGAAGAAAUGAUGAUUUGUAUCAAGGAAGCGAAUCAAUACGAAAAAGAAAUUUUUUGCAAGUAUAUCGAGAAAUGCGGCAGAUUUUGUGGAGGUUCCGUAGCUUGCAUGUACGUGACCGCGAUAUGUUUUUCGUUAGGACCGAUAGUCCUACCGAUCACCUUUCCAUCGGAAGCGGAAUAUCCAUUUCGCGUUAAUUACGCACCCGUGAACGUUAUCGUGUAUAUGCAUCAAGCUUUCCUCAGUUUUCAAGGCGCUGCGCAUAUAUGCUUGAGCAUGAUGGGCGCGCUUUUACUAUGGUUCGCAGCCGCGAGAUUCGAAUGUUUGGCCGUGGAAUUGCAGAAUUGCGUGAACAUCCAUUCGUUGAUCCUUUGCGUUAAAAAACAACUACGUUUAAGAAGAUACGCGGAACAAGUGAUCGAUAAUUUUCGAUUUAUUGUACUUUACGCUAUAGCAAUAAAUACGUUUUCUCUGACUCUCUGCGGGAUUAUAUUGAUUAUAAAUGCACCGAUACUUGUGAAAAUGAAGUUCAUAAUCUUAUGUUUUACCGUGCUCGCGGAAAUUUAUCUUUACACGUGGCCAGCUGAUUACAUAAAGGACAUGAGCAUGAACAUUUCACAAAGUGCGUAUAAUUCUGUGUGGUACGAACAAACAAUAGAAUUGCAAAGAAAUCUAUUAAGCGUGAUAACGUAUCAAAAACCAUUAAUUCUUUCCUUCAAAUGUAUAUUAUCAGAACUUUCUUUGCGUUAUUAUUGUUCGGUAAGUAAAUUCUCGAAUUACUUGUCUAAUACUUUCUCCAUCUUCACCGCUUUACGUGUCCUCAUAGAUAAGAAUUCAUCAUAA